GCGGCGAGGCGCGGGGACGAGCCCGCCGCGGAGCCGCCGGGGAUUGGCUGGGUCGGCGGGAGCUGGGGGCGCUUUGGGGGAGCCAUCUGCUGCACCAGCGAUUUUGCCGGGGGGGUGGCUCGCUCCUUCUUUUCUUUCUUUCUUUCCUUUUUCUUUUAACUUUUGACGGGAUUAUGGCCCCGGCAGCGGAGCGCUGAUGCCUCCGAGGGCAGCCCCGGCGCUGCUGCGACGCUGCCCGCCGCAGCCCUAGCGAAAGGCGGCGUGUGAGCGGCGGCGGGGCCGUCGGCCGGCGCUGCAUCCUCCCGCAGCGGCGGCGCCUCUCUCUCCGCGUCGCCCGCUGCUCGAUGCGCCCACGCUAGCGAGGGAGGGCUCGCAGCGCCUUCGCUUCCAGCGGGGGCACCGCAUUUGCCAGGCGGCGGGUUAAGAAAAGAGAGAAAGGAGGAAAAGCGAGGCGCGCGCAACAUGGCCACUCUGCUCCGGAAAAUCGGCCUCAUUCGGCUGCACAACAGGGACACGGAGGACCCCAAGCACCACCACCACCACCGCAGCAGCCAGCAGGGCUCCUCGCUGCGGGCCAAGGGCAGCCAGAAGAACAGCAGCAACAAGCCGCCGCCGGGCAGCGCCGGGGGCGGCGGCUGCAGCAGCAGCAGCAGCGGCGGCGAGGGCAGCCCCGGCGGCCACAGGAGCAAGAAGGCGCCGGAGCCGGCGCGGCAGCCGGCGCAGCCCGGCCCGGGCGGCGGCAGGGAGAGGCCGAGGGAGGCGGCGAGGGACCCGGGCUCGGUCAAGGAGAGCAAGGCGGCGCUGGGCAGCGGGGGCCGACCCGGCUCGGCGCCGCUGGGGCCGCUGCCGUCGGGCUCGGCGCCGCUGGUGCCCGCCGGCCGGCAGCAGCACUGCACGCAAGUGCGGACCCGGCGGCUGAUGAAGGAGCUGCAAGACAUCGCCCGCCUCAGCGACCGCUUCAUCUCGGUGGAGCUGGUGGACGAGAGCCUCUUCGACUGGAACGUGAAGCUGCACCAGGUGGACAAGGACUCGGUGCUGUGGCAGGACAUGAAGGAGACCAACACGGAGUACAUCCUGCUCAACCUCACCUUCCCCGACAACUUCCCCUUCUCGCCGCCUUUCAUGCGGGUGCUCAGCCCCCGCCUGGAGAACGGCUACGUGCUGGACGGCGGGGCCAUCUGCAUGGAGCUGCUCACCCCCCGCGGCUGGUCCAGCGCCUACACGGUGGAGGCGGUCAUGAGGCAGUUUGCAGCCAGCCUGGUCAAGGGGCAGGGCCGUAUCUGCAGAAAAGCUGGCAAAUCAAAAAAGUCGUUCAGUCGUAAGGAAGCUGAAGCAACAUUUAAGAGUUUGGUGAAGACCCAUGAAAAAUAUGGGUGGGUCACCCCACCCGUCUCUGAUGGCUGAUAUUAGCAACCGGCACUUGGCAAAAAUGCUAAGCAAAAGUACUAUGACAUCUCCUCAGUGCUGUACACCACCCAUCCUUUUCUAUUUCAGCUUCAGUUAGAUACCGUGAAUGUCAAGGAGACACCUAAGUUAUUUAUAAACAGAUGUGUUUACAGAGGAAGAGAAAAAAAAAAAGAAAGCUGUUUAGGAUUAUAUUUCAAGAUUGGAGACCGAUCGUCGUUGAAGUCACCUGAGCGGAGGUUGAGAUGGCAUCAUUAGCCCCCAUACGAACCACAUUGUCUGCAGCUUCUUUCCGUGACAGCAGCACCAAACAGCGGUACUGGAAAGUCUAUCCAUUACUGCUCAGUUCAUUUAAAUGUAAAUGAAACAGUUAAUAUUUAAUAGGGAAGCAGUGCAUUGCAGGUACAUAUUUGCUGUGCUGUUUAUCUUUGUCUCCUAGCAGGUCAACAUAACUUGAAGAUUUGUCUUUAUGUGGAACUGUGGUCUGCUGUGACUAAAUUUAGACCUUAUUUGUGCUCUAUAUAUGACCUUUAAUUCAUAAAUGGAACAGAAUUACAAUGAUGAAAGGUUCUAGUGUUGAAAAAUUAUUAAGUGGAAUCACCCGACUGGCUACAAUGCGCAAUCUAUGCUGAUAUUGUGGUGUGCUGUUUAGAAACAAACCAGUGCAGUUAACUGGAGGUUAGGUGAUUUUUUUAAACACAUCCACUCCAAAGCCUGGAGUGGCUGAUGGUAGCAGAACCAUUAUUAAACCUUCCAGUACCUUUUACAGUAGCAUGUGACCUGUCAGUUCUGCAAAAUGGCAAAGCAAAUAAAUGGAAAGGGACAAAGCAACCUUAAAAAAAUUAUCUGCUUAACUUUAAAAUGAUGUGCCAGUAACAGAGUAAAACUUUUUAAAGCAAAUGAAACAUGGUUUGUAAAAUGAUUUGCAUGACUGGAUUCUUCUUUUUUCUUUUUACUCAAUAGACAUUGUAUGUACUUAGAGCCCAGUAUCUGAGAACCCCCCCCGAUGUAUAUAAAUCUCCUAUUAUUUAAUCAUUAAAAUUUAAGUUUUCUGGUGAACAAUUUAAAAAACUUUUUAAGGGACUCCAAAAAAUCUGAAGGUAACAUUUAGAACUUUAUAAGGAAAGCAUUAAAAAAAAUGUGGAAUUGAAAUGGAAAAUCGUAUUGGACACAUGCUGAAUAAAAUCACCAGUAUCAUUUU